AUGGCUUUGUCCAAACGACCACUCUCCAAGGAGACCGCUUUUGCUGAAAGCAACAACAAUAACAACAGUAAAACCGAAGAACACGAAAGUGCAGUGAAACGUAAAAAGCGUUCGAGUCGCGAUGAUGAAUCAACAAAUAAUAAUAACAACAAUAACAAAAACGAGGAGAAGUUGUCAACGCUACCACAGAAAAAAAGGGCUAUAAGCGGCAACAACAAUAAUAACAAUAAUGCUAACAAAACAAAUACAUCACCUCUCGACGUUGCCAUGCUGCAAUCCUCAGUCUCGAACACAACCACAUUGCAUUCACCAGAACGCCCCUCAGCGGUUACUACAACCACGACCACGACCACAAGAACAUCCGCCGAUGACCAAGACGACGAAACGCUCAUACGUGAAACACAGGCAGCACUGAAAAGCCUUUCGGGCAGUUGGCCAGCCGAGGCACGCAACAACAUCUAUCGGCUGCAGGAUCAAGAUGAGAAUCCGCCACCAUUUCAGAAUCUCUUCGAAGAGAAACAAAAACAAAAGGAAAAUGAUCAGGCGCGCAUCAAUUCACAGCUUCCGGAACAGACGCUGGAUGAACGCAAGCGAUCCGUAACCACUGCAUUCUCGCAAGCAUCCGCCUUUAAGCCACCAACCGAUGUCAAACGCAAUGGACUGAUUCCAUAUCCGCCAGGCACAGCAGCUAUGCCGCCAUCAGCCGCACCGCCACCACACUAUCCAAUUUACAACAACAAUGACUCAUCGGCCGCAUAUCUCAGCUACCAGCAACACACACUUCAACACGAUCCGAGCACUAUGUCCAUGCUACCGCCGCGUCCAACGCCAACUACAGCCGGCAGCAAUGGUUUCGAUAUCGCCUCACAAAUAGGAGCGAAUGAUGGAAAGGUUCCGGAACACAAGCCGGCAUUGUCCAGUGGUGGGGAUGUGCUCAAACGCAACGAUAUGGUGGGUAGAGCACAUGAGGUGGCUGGUGUUGGUGGUGCAGCUCCCCCAUUAGCUAGCGCUGGUGCUAGUGCUGGCGCAACGCCGGCGACCGAUGCUAAGCACUACACCAUAUUACAACCGGCUGGUGUGGGCAGUCGUGCGGCAACGGUGAUGCAGGACAUUGUGCGUGAGGGUGUCGUAACGGCGGUCACAGCUGUCGGCAGCAAUAGCAACAACACCAGCAAUGCAGGUCAUGGUGGGCAUGGUGCCGCGUCCAAUGUGCCACAGCCGACCUACUCGCCGGGUAGCAUCAAUCGUGGUGAUGGCACCAAGUGUCCCACGCCAAGCUGUAACGGUCAAGGACAUAUAACUGGGCUUUACUCACAUCAUCGAAGCUUAUCUGGUUGUCCAAAACGUGAUAAAGUCACUUCGGAAUCUGUGGUAGACACAUUCAAGUCUGAACCGAAGGAACUGCAUCAUUUGGAAAAGUUGAAAAUCACCUCGAAUCAAUACUUGAAUAACAACAGCAUCAGCUGCAUCAAUAAUAAUAGCGGCAGCAGUAACAUCAGCAAUACUUCCGCCAAUAACAGCACACUCAACAGCCUCAACUCGAACUCCACGACAAACUCAAGUACGGCUAGUAGCGCAAUGCCAAUUAUCAAAACGGAAUUCAGUCCGGUCGCCAGCGUCAAGUCCGAAUACAAUAAAAGUCCCAUGCACCCAUACAUGACCAACGCAGAUACCACUGCCGGUGGAGGUGGCGGUAGUAUUGGUGGCAGUGGCAUUGGACAAACAGACCGUUCCUCCAACGGUAAUGCGUCAAACACAGGCUCAGUGUCCACCACAAAUUCAGACAAUUUGCACGCGCCGCAUUUGAGUGGCGUCCGAAGUGCGACCGGAACACUUCAAGCGUCCGGUUACGUGAGCAUACAGCAGCAACAGCAACAGCAGCAACAAUCGACGCAGCAGCAGCCACCACCGCCACAUACAAUGGCCGACCAGCAUCAGCAACAACAUCAGCAACAACAGGCGCAACAACAAAGUCCACAUAAUCCCCAUCAACAGCAACAACAAACACUGCACCAGCAACGAGGACCAUUCAUCGAAGGCUCAUCAUCGUUAAUGAUGUCCGCUGGCAAUGGAACUUCCGUAAAUGGUGCCGAUGCGUACCGCACCGACGUACAUCAUGACGAUACGCAACACCAACAACAUCAACAGCACUACGAGCAUAUGCGCUAUACGCAACACAUGGUGAACGGUGGCGAUGGCAACCUUGUUGGCAGCAAGCCCCCAACAUCCGCUUAUGGGCAAGAAAUGCUCACAGCCAAUGGCGCUCCUACCAAUGCCCUAUCGCCUGAUGCACGCGGCUAUGACACGAAUCCGCCCACAUCACUAUCGUCCGCAGCUGCCGCUGCCGCUUACGCCGAUGCCGCGAGUGUAUCUAGUGUAGCGGGAAUGCCCACCGCUUUCGAACGGUACGAUCCCAUCUGCAAUGGUCAGCGUCAGGGCCCGCCAGCGAAUAUGUAUCACUACCUACCGCAAUCCGCGGACGAUUUGCAGGUACAGCAGCAGAAAUACUUGCAGGAACAACAAAUGUUAAUGGCAAAGGCAGAGCAUGAAGAGCUUGCCAAUGGUGGUCCGAUAUAUCCACGUCCCAUGUACCACUACGAUCCGAGUAUGGGUCCUUUACCACCGGGCUUCUCAGCUAUAAAUUUGUCGGUGAAAAUGGCAGCGGCUCAAGCAGCAGCAGCUGCGGCAGCCUAUCAAAAUCAACAGCAUCAGCAACAGCAACAACAACAACAUCAGCAGCAACCGAAACAGAGUGGGUCGCCGUCGCCGCCUGGCGCACCGGUCGUGGAUUUGUCGGCCUCAGCCUCGGUUACCUCAUCCAGUCCGCAUGGUUUCAACUCACCAGCAUCGCACAACCAGUACAGUCAGCGUAUGGGCGCCGGUAGUCCACAACCUGGUGCGAGCCCAAACAUUGCCAGUCCUCAAGUGCCAAGUCCUCAGGGACAGACGUUGGACCUGAGCGUCACCCGUCUACCACACAGUAUUAUUACAAGUCCUCAAUAUGGCGCACAUCCCGACGGUCUAGUUGUUGGACAUCCACAAGGUUUUGGCCCAGGUGUGCCACCGACAGGUGCUAACGGCGCGCCACGUUCACCACAAAUGGAACCAGUCGAUUUCAGCGGGCCACCCCGACCUCUUGGCUUCGGGCUGGUCGGACAUAUCGGCGGUCCACGGCCAUACAGUCGUGAGUCAACACCGGACAGUGGUGGCUCCCAUUAUAUCGAUAGUUAUCGUGAUCCUAGUGGCUAUUCACCUCAUCCUGGCUAUGGUAUGGUUGUACAGUCUGAUUAUCCCCCAGCCGGCUAUCAUGGCUACGGUCCAGCCGCAUAUCAAUGUAGCAAUCCUUAUGCGACUGCUGUCGGUCCCGGCGGAUAUCCGACACCAGUGUCGGGCGGCUACUCACCCAGCCCAGCGUCGUGUUACUCCAUGCCUCCACCACAACACAUACCGCAACAUGAGAAGACAAAGGAUAGUUUGACGGGCUGCACGCGUAGCGACCGCAAUCAUCUGCAGCCACACUCGCAAGAACUGAAAUGCCCCACGCCAGGCUGUGACGGUUCAGGUCAUGUGACCGGUAACUAUUCAUCCCAUCGCAGUCUAUCGGGAUGCCCGCGCGCCAAUAAGCCAAAGAGUAAGCCACGAGAUGGGCAAGACUCGGAGCCGCUAAGAUGUCCCAUUCCUGGCUGCGAUGGUUCUGGUCACUCUACUGGCAAAUUCUUGUCGCACAGAAGCGCUUCUGGCUGUCCCAUCGCGAAUCGUAAUAAAAUGCGCGUACUCGAAGCCGGCGGCACCGUAGAACAACAUAAAGCCGCCGUCGCUGCAGCGACUGCAAUGAAGUUUGACGGUUGCGGCAGUGCUGCUAGUCAGAGUAUGAAGAAACCGAAGUUCGAUGAUGUUACAAUGGUCUAUCCGAAAGGCUAUACAGGCAUCGAAAUGAUGAUGGGCGGUGUUGGCUCCGCAGUCUCCUCUUCUGCUUCCAUAUCUAGUAAUAUAAGCAACGGCAGCAACAACAACGCCUCGGUCGUUAGUUCCACUGCUGCUCUGGGCAAUGUCUCUUCGUCCGUCGCCGGCACAGCUACACUGCCAGAUAGUCUGCAAGGCAACAAUACUUCCAACAACAACAGUAACAAUCCAAAUAACACAGCGAACAAUAACAAUAUCAACAACAACGUGCCCUCAACAAAUGGCGGUAAUGGCAGCGGUGUUGGCGAGGACUUGAACACACUCGAAGCGGAGAUAUCGGAAUUGCAACGGGAAAAUGCACGCGUCGAAUCACAAAUGAUGCGUCUCAAGUCAGACAUUAAUGCCAUGGAAUCACAGUUGAACACCAGCGAUAGGGAGGCUUCUCCGCUGAGUACUCAUCAACAGCGUGAUCUCUCUGCGGUGACUAUCAAUGCUGGAGGAGCAACAGCUCUUGGUAGCGUCUCCUCCAGCGCCUCAACCGCAUCCCCGCUCAACAACCACAUUGGCAGCGCCAGCGGCAACGGCAACGGCACCAAUAGCACCAACAGCAACGGUAACAUCAACAUCGGCGGCAACGGUACCGGAAGCAGCAACAACCACCUCUCCAGCACCAAUCUCUCACACACCCUCCCCAGCAGUCUCUCCGGCACCAUAGGCAGUCACAGUGGCAGCUAUUUAACACCACCACCCAGCAUUAGCAUCAGUACUACCACCUCAGCACCCAGCAGCGGUGGCGCACCCACAUCGAGUUCCUAUUACGAGAGUUUGCGCAAUAACGUUAUCACCCUACUAGAGCACGUCCGUUUACCACCUCCUGGCUGCAAUAGUGGCGCAAGUAUGAACUCAAGCCCGUUAGGUGGUGGCACUGGUGGUAAUGAAGUUAACAAUGUGAGUAGUACCAGCAUAGGUGGGCAUCCAUCCGACACCAUCGGCAACAGUUUAUCUGCUAAUAUUGCUGGCCUACCUGCCACCGCUGAAGUGUUGAGUAAUCAACAAUUAACUAGUGCCUAUGGCGCGCCACAUCCACCACAUCCCACGCUCAUACCUCCAAGUCCACUACCCACAGCUUCUAUUGCUCCCACGAAUGUUGUUACUGGUGCUGUAUCUAUGUAUGCAGCGCCACCACAUCAUUUGGCUGGCACACAUCCUGGCAUGUUGGGACCACCACCGCCACCACCACCUCCACACAGUGGUGCAAUGCCACCACAUCAUCCUUAUACAGUACAUCAUCCAGCUGGAUAUGCUCACCAUGAACCCUUCGACUCAUACAUAUCGAAAUUGCAGUCGCUUUGUGUGCCACCUGAUGUUUAUGCAUUACCUGAUGAUGGCACUCGGCCAGUCUACGAUGCCGUCAAGCCCAGUUUGCAUCAAGACUACACGCUAAUGCCGACGCCGAUAUAAGCAUGGAUGAGAAGAGGCAGGGAGUGGGAGAGAGAUUACCGGGUUUAAUUGCGUUCCAAAAACUAAAGAAAUAUUUGCAUCUACAAUAUUGAUGAAAUUUAAAUGA